CGGUUAGGGAGUAGGCUAAUCCAACCACCGGGUAAAAAGGGCAGUUUUCGAUGGCUCAUAUUCCUCUGUAACUGGUUUGCACCGUGACACCAGCUUUUGAGCAGCAGUGGAGCACCAAACCGGGGCGCACCCUCAGCAUCUCCACCAACACAUCACUGCUUCAAGGGCUCUUCUCCUUUCUGCAAGGCUGAAUGUUGAGGAGAGCGCGCAGCCAAUGGGAAAAUACUCUCAACCGCACACAUUUAAAGGGAAUCGAUUCUGUGAUGACCGUGAGAUUCCACAAGUAAUAUGCGCAACACUGUGGAUUGCCCUAUUUUUUUUUUCUUCCUUUCUCUUUCCUGCCCAGUUGUGCUUCCUUAUUCAUUGUGCGCCCUAUGAAGAGCAUUAACUAUCCCUCCCUCAAAUCCUAUUGAAAAGGCUCCGAAAAAAACAGAGGGAGAUGAGAGCAGCAAAUCCCUUUUUUAUUCCCCUCGUAGCGCUCAAUAAGAGAAGAAUGUGUUGCCUAUCAGUCACCGAGGGGAUCAAGUCUUCGGGACUGUCCCACGCGUUCAAUGCGCCGUGCAGAGCAUCACUGAGAGAGACAGAGUGAAGAGGACAACAGCAACAGCAGCAGCAGCAGCAGCAGCAGCAGCAUCCUGCCUGGACACUUCACAUCAUUUAGCAACCUGUCUGCACUCAAGAUCCAUUUAAGUCAAUUAGGGCUGCCUGCUUCUCUCACCUUUCAAUUCCUCUCAGCGGACUGUGGCUAGACACGAUGAGGAGUCUCGCGCUGCUGUUAGGAGUAAAAGCCGCGUGCAUCCUGCUGGUGUCCUCGCUCUCAGGCACAGUGGCCGUCAACAACAGCGGCCGGUGGUGGGGCAUUGUCAAUGUUGCAUCCACAUCCAACCUCCUGACCAAUUCAAAGAACGUGCAGUUGGUCCUUGACCCAAGCCUGGCCCUACUGAGUCGACGCCAGCGCCGGCUGAUUCGGCAGAAUCCUGGCAUCUUGCAUGCCAUCGCCGCUGGGCUGCACACUGCCAUAAAGGAGUGCAAGUGGCAGUUCCGCAACCGGCGCUGGAACUGCCCGACCACCCACAGCCCAGCAGUUUUUGGCAAAAUUGUCAAUCGUGGUUGCCGAGAGACAGCAUUUGUAUUUGCCAUUACCAGCGCAGGGGUAACCCAUGCUGUGGCUCGCUCCUGCUCAGAGGGGGCCAUUGAAUCAUGCACAUGUGAUUAUCGGCGCAGAGGUCCUGGAGGGCCAGACUGGCACUGGGGGGGUUGCAGUGACAAUGUGGACUUUGGACGGAUGUUCAGCCGUGAGUUUGUAGACUCCAGUGAGCGAGGCAGAGAUCUGCGGUACCUCACCAACCUUCACAAUAAUGAGGCUGGCAGAAUGACUGUAUCAUCAGAGAUGCGUCAGGAGUGUAAGUGUCAUGGCAUGUCUGGCUCCUGCACCGUGCGUACCUGUUGGAUGCGCCUGCCAAGCUUUCGCACUGUUGGAGACUUCCUUAAGGAUCGGUUCGAUGGAGCAUCCAGGGUUGUUUAUGCCAACAAGGGAAGCAACCGUGCCUCCCACAGAGCCGACCCCCGACACCUGGAGCCUGAAAACCCGGCCCACAAACCCCCCUCUGCCAUGGACCUGGUAUAUUUUGAGAAAUCACCAAACUUUUGCUCGUACAAUGGCAAAACAGGCACCCUGGGAACUUCUGGGAGAACAUGCAACAGCUCUUCUCUGGGCCUGGACGGAUGCGAGCUGCUCUGCUGUGGACGGGGGUUUAAGACUCGGACCGAGAGUGUGACUGAACGCUGCCACUGCACCUUCCACUGGUGCUGUCACGUCAGCUGCUUGAACUGCACCAGCACACGGACAAUACACCAGUGUCUAUGAUCACAGGUUGACAACUAAGUGAAUAUUAAGUCAAAGAACUUCUUAGCAAAACAGGUAGCUGGCUGAGAAAGCCACUAGCAAGGAGGUGUUAUAAGGUUUUAAAUAGACACUAGAAAACCUUCAAGGCGGGUAAACUGAUACAGGGAACUCUCUGGCACAAAAUUCAAUCAGUGUUUUUAAAGAGCGACGUGAAGAAAAGCACAAAUAUAUUAACAGGGUAAAGAGGGAGUAUGUGUGCUUGCUCCUUGCUUUUUGAUCCUGAAAAGUACUGCCACAACUGUUCAUACAUAAGAUGCUCAUCCACAAGUAGGCAGAAAAAAAAACCGAAGCAGCGAAAAAGCAAUUGCUAUAUCCAAGCACUACAACAGCCUACUUCUUCAUCAGUUUAACAUGUGUUUUCAUGGCAAGACAGCCACAAACAAAGAUAUUAGAAAAAACAAUCUGUUAUAGUUUGGCCUCACUUACGUUAAACAGUGUGAAGUUUCAUGCGAUGGGGCUGAGCUUGUUUCCGACUUGUGUACGUAGGCCCUGGAUGCAGCCCCAUCCUCUUGUCAUUUCCUCAACACAUUUGCCCAAUUGUCUUUUUAGAUUUCUGCAGAGAUGAAUUCACUUUAACCCUGACUUGCCACUCUGACUCACCACAGGUGAUCCUGAGGUUACAUGACUAGGACGAGUCCUUUUCAAGGAAAACAGAAACGUACUGAACAAAUCUUACUGAGGCAAUGUAAUAUGAAUGUAUUUUCAUUACACUGAAUAGUAUGGCAUGGCUAUGUGUCGAUUGCCAAAUGUGAGGGGUCAGUACUUUACAAUGAAUGAAAUGUGAUCUGUAGAAUCACUGCGUUAUCGAACGUAGUGCAGUAAAAAAAACAUACAUCAUAGUAAGAAAAAGACACUACAUUGCUGCCAAAACAUGAGUGUAGCAAGUUUAAAGUAGGCAAAUGAAGUUUAUCUUCAGGCAAGGCUGUAAGAAUACAGCCACUGCAAAAGAAUUAUACUGUAUAUCAGCUAGGAGAACCAAAAUGCUGUAAAUAUUAAAAUAUAUGAAUAUAUUUAUAAUGACGAAAUUUAAAUUUGUGGGGGUUUAUGGGCCUGUCGCUGGCUUGAGAACGCUCUAUCAUUAUUGUCCAGUCAGGAAAUGCUUUGACUUCAUGCCUUUUUCUAUUUUGGUGUAGUAAUGUAGCAGACACAAAACCGACUAACUAGAAACCCAACCUUUUCGCUUCCUCGCUUGUUUCCUGUAAAAACAUUUUUGUUUGUUCUUGCACUGAAUAUUUACCUUUUUUGAAUUAGUGUAAAUAAAAAAUAUUUAUUUCUGAGGAUUUUUAUACUAUUAUAGAGAGAUGUAAAAGAAGACAUGUUUUAGAUUUAAAUCAAAGGAUUCCAGUUGGUUUUGUAUUGUACCAUAGAACAAUAAAGUCUAUA